AUGGCCUCGCCCGGCCGUCUCUGGCUCGGCUCCUGGGCUCGCUUCCUAUUGGGCCAGCGCCUCGCGCCUUACGUUCCCACACCUCCGCACGUGGUUCGGGAGAUGCUUCGGCUGGCUCGUGCAGGUCCUGAUGACGUGGUUUGCGACUUGGGGUGCGGCGACGGGAGAUUGCUGGUCGAAGCUGCGCUAAGACACGGUUCUAGAGAAUUCGGCGUGGAUUUAAAUGCAGAGUUGCUACGGGCAGCCGAAGAAAACAUUCAACGUCACGGAUUGGCUGACCGAAUCACAGUUUCUUGCCAGGAUGCACUGACGGUGGACCUUCGCGAAGCAACAGUGGUAACCCUAUACCUCAGCGAAUUCGGUAACCAACAGCUGGUGCCUCGCCUGCAGUCGCAGCUGCCCCCACACAGCCGUGUCGUUUCCUUCUGCUGGAAGUUUCCUGAGAAGUUUCGGCCGGUGGAGGAGAGGAGAAUAGACAGCAUUCCGCUUUAUCUGUACAAGUUUGCCUAA